AUGGAGAAGAAAGACCAUCCAACAGUAUGGGCUCUUUGUAUACUAAUGAUAUUUGUGUUUUUAUUUGGAUUAUCUAGAUGGAUAAGUCAGUAUCAAGAUAGACAUAGAAAAAAUGUGAUAAUUAUGGGGAUUAUGAUAGUUAUUAUGGCACAUAUGAUAGGGACGCUUAGUCUAUAUCCUAUUGAUGUUGGUAUGAUGUGGAUAAAUGAGAAAAAUAGAGAAAAAGAGGGAUAUUUAGAAAAGAUAAUGCUUCUAUGGAGAAGAAGAGUUAAAAUAUGCUAUUACAUGUUUUAUGGGUUACAUAUAGUUGAAUUAUUUGUAAUACUGCCUUUUGUGUAUUAUUAUUAUGAAGAAUGGAAUGAGGAGUCUACUAAUAAGACGAGAAUAUUUGAAGCAUUAAGACGAUCAUUGUUUUUUUUACUUUUAUUUAUAGUAUUAUUUUUUUGUGGAACUUUUAUGAGUAUUACAAGGAAAACGAAUUCUAUGUUAGAUUUGGUGUAUUUUGAACAAACAUUUAAGGUUGAAUAUAUCAAGACAAGUAUGUUUUUUAUUGUAGAUGUUAUUUUAUUAUUUGGAAUUGUUCUUUUUUGUAUAUAUACAGCAUUUGGCUUCUCAAUGUUUCCUUUGAGAAUUAUAAAGACGAAGUCAAUUAAUGUUCCAACAUCAGCAACAGAUAUAAAACAUGCUUUGAUUCUUAACCGUGAAAAACAACGAGCCAUUGAAGUUCGUUAUACAGGGUUUCAUACUAAAAUGAAUGUAAAAGAUCGUAGAAUAUUAGAAUCUCUUCAAAGGGAGGAGAGAACACUUGUACGUUGUAUUCGACUUACAGAAGAAGGAAAAAGAAAGUGGGAACAGCCUGUUUCAGCAAUUUUACACAUGUUUCAAUUGCUUAUUGGGAUUUUUUUCUUACUUAUAUCCAUAGGAAUAGUUUUGUUGAUGUCAAUGGCAAUGUUUAUCAUUAUUCCUAGACAUUAUACUCAUCAAAUUGAUCAAUUUCAUUACAAUUAUACUAUUUCUAAUUCUCAAGAUAUCUAUAAUUAUACAAAUCUUUCAAAUUCUACUCUUUUAUCAUUUAAAAUACAAGAUUCUCCUUCAGAUAGAUUAUAUACAUUAACAGUCUUAAAUACAAUUAUCAAUGAUAUAACAGGCAAUUAUGACUUUUUUAAAACAUGGUAUUCAUAUUCUUAUUUAUUAUUUCUGGCUGUUUUUCUUCUUUCUUUUAUUAUUUUAAGUUUUUCUGGUAAGACUGAAAAUAUACAAAAUAAUACAGAAAUAGAGCCAGAAAGAGAAACUCUUCUUUCUUUAUUCAAUCGUCAUGAAAACUUUAUAACAUAUCAUUAUAACAAAUAG